AUGACUGCGCGAUCGAAGCUCGGCGCGCUGUGCCGCCCGCUACUAGCAAGCUCGUCGAGUCGUCUACUCCCCGCGAGUGCCGCCCUGGCCCCGGCUCUAACCGGUGAUGUUGUAAGCGCGGUUAGCAAAUCCACUUGUAGCGGACGAGCUCAUAGCGGAGAUGGCUACGAAAGCGCUAUUCAAGAUGCGCCGCGACGGGGGCUGGCGGCCGUAGCAUCUAGAAUCAACCUAGCAGCCGCGCCGUCCGCAGUUGCGCAGGCAGCUGCGCGUUCCGCCAAUGCGCGGGCAGCCGCGCCUUCCGCCAUUGCGCGGGCAGCAGCAGCGGAGCCGUCUAACUUCAACGUGCUGGAAGGCGCGGCGGAGAGCAGCGGACGCGUGUUCAUCACCGCGUACGACGACAAGGGCUUCACGGUGGGCGGCAGGGACGUGGACUUUUCCAUCCUCUGUGUGGGUGACGUGGCACUCUGCUGGUCGCCCUCCUGCCUUGCUGACGUCACACCCGACAGCCUGGCUCUCUUUCAGCUCAUUCGCCCGCAACCAGAGCUGUUGCUGCUGGGCACGGGGCAGCGCAUGCAGGCAGUGCCGGGGGAGCUGAGGCACUUCGUGAGGGCGUGUGGGAUGAAGCUCGAAGUGCUCUCCACUCGCCACGCCAUAGCCACACUCAACGUGCUCAACGAGGAGGGCCGGUCCGUUGCUGCCGCGCUGCUUCUGCCCUCCGCCUGA